AUGGCCUUCUACAGUUAUAAAACAGUCUUAGCUAUUGCCCGAACAAGAUUCCCUAGCAAUUUUGUCCAUCCUAUCAGCUCUUCUUAUUCCGCAUCAUUUGCAUUUCUUCACUUGCCAGAUUCCCAUUUAAAUAAAACAUACAUGAAGAACUGUGUAAGCAAGAAGUACUCCUAUCCUAAUCAGUCAGGCAAUAAAGUACUUCACUUACGAACUAGAAUAAUACAAGAGCUACACACGUCAACUUGCUGGUUACAAGAGGUCCCUGGUAAACCUCAGCUGGAGCAAACCCCGAAAAAGCCCCAGGUGACAAGCCCUCAGCCCACAAAAGGACCUGGCAUGAAGAUUAAGGAAGAAAAGCGAUCUUAUAGACAAAGAAUUAUGGGUGAACUUAAACAUUAUUACAAUGGAUUCUACUUGCUAUGGAUUGACACCAAAGUUGCUGCCAGAAUGGUUUGGAGGCUGUUGCAUGGGCAGGUGCUGACCAGAAGAGAGAGACGAAGGCUCUUGAGGACUUGUGCUGAUUUCUUCCGCCUGGUUCCAUUUAUGGUGUUCGUAAUUGUACCCUUCAUGGAAUUCUUAUUACCGGCAUUUCUGAAAUUCUUCCCAGAGAUGUUGCCAUCAACUUUUGAAAGUGAAUCCAAAAAGGAGGAAAAACAGAAAAAGAAAAUGGCUGCAAAGUUGGAACUAGCAAAAUUUCUUCAAGAAACGAUUACAGAAAUGGCCAGGAGGAACAGGGCCAAGCUGGGAGAUGCCUCCGUACAGUUCUCCUCCUAUGUCAAACAGGUCCAGACAGGCCACAAGCCCAGCACAAAGGAGAUAGUUCGCUUUUCCAAACUAUUUGAAGAUCAGCUAACCUUGGAGCACCUAGAUCGACCUCAGCUGGUUGCCCUCUGCAAGCUUCUAGAGUUGCAGUCCUUUGGAACCAACAAUUUGCUCCGCUUUCAACUUCUGAUGAAACUAAAGUCUAUAAAAGCAGAUGAUGAAGUAAUUGCCAGAGAAGGGGUGAGUGCUUUGAGCGUGUCAGAACUGCAAGCCGCCUGCAGGGCCCGGGGGAUGAGAUCCCUGGGUCUCACUGAGGAACAACUGAGACAGCAGCUCACAGAGUGGCAGGACCUCCACCUGAAGGAGAACGUCCCUCCUUCUCUGUUGCUUCUGUCACGAACCUUCUACCUGAUAGAUGUGAAGCCAAAGCCGAUUGAGAUACCACUAAGUGGGGAGUCUCCAAAACCAGAUAUUCCUGUGGAAUCACCUACUUCUCCUGAAUCUAAAGAGACGCUGGUGGAUUUAGCACCUUCACUGAAGGGAACUAAGGAUGAAGAAUUUAUACAGCUGCCGCCCGUUCCCUCGUCCCCCACAACACCAUCAAUGCCUAUCCCAUUACCUAAAGGACCCAUCACUUCUGCUAAAGAAGCUACGCUCCAGGCCAAAUCACAAAAGACAACACAGAACAGCAAGGCGAGUUCAAAAGGAGCAUAA